AUGAAGGACUUGCACCAUCGCAAGCUACCGAUUGGCAAUGACCUUAAAGCAAGAGAACUGCUAUCCGACAUCAAAAAGCAGAUUGAUGAAGAAGUGCAAAAUAUAAGGGAGGCUUUCCGAAGGCUGGAGCCUCUUGAAGACGCAACCUCCUCGCCUCUUUCUCGAUUUGGCGCCAAACUAAUGUGGGUCAUUUUGGAUGAACAGGAUCUGAAGGAGCUUUUGGCACGGCUGGAGCCGAUGAAACUUAGCAUCUCAUUCCUUCAGGACACAUUUAGCUUGAAUAUUCAGAUGGCAAUUUGGGCUGAGCUACAAGCCUCGGGUCAUCGCAUCGACCACGACAGAAGGCACGAAAUUAAACAAUUGAAGAAACGCAUCAAACUGCUGGAGCGGGAAUGCAGAGAGGCCCAGCGCGAUUACGAGGCUCUACGAGCAGUCAAAGCAGCCAGUAAUAAUACUACUUUCCAUGACCGAGCCACGCAGGGUCAACUCAUCCGGGCUUUGAUCGAGAGAAUGGAGGAUUUCGCAGAUGAGCAAGUAGUUGCCUCUAAGGCCAUCAUCACAGACAGCGAAGAAGGCACCAGUGCUUCUACCGCCACGACUGUGACCAGCAACAACUCCAGCAGGCAUCCUCCAACACCAGGCGCAAAUGAGAUAGCGACUCCUUCAGUUCCGGAGGCUAUCUCAACAUCAGAGACCUUGGAGUCCUUUCGCCUGCCCCGGUCUCGUAGGCCGACCCCGACUCCUGGCUCGCCAGCGGAGGUGAGCACAAGAAGCGUUCACAACGCAGAGUCUCUUAGGUCCUGGAGCUCUGUCGUUGCAGAGGUCGAAGCUCAUGAAGAGGUCGAAGCCGGUCCAUCGACCCAGCUACAAACAAUAAGAACCUCUCCCGCGGAGUAUAUCGGCCCCCGGAAGACUGGCCUGCCCUAUCCUGUCGCACUUCAUCCGCAAGUCGUACCGGGUGAUACCGAGGAAGCUGGGCACGAAGCCACUCCUCAAUCGGAGUACAUGUUCGUUAUUCAUGACGACGGGAACCUUAUAACAGAGGAAUGGCGACGCCCACGGAGAACAGCCUCAACGGUCGGCGGUUCGGAGUCGAUAAUCUCAAGACAUAGCUCGGCCUCUGAACGCAGCCAUCAAACUGGGGGACGAUCUUGA